AAAGAGAGCAAAGAGAAAGAGCAAAGUAGAAGUGGACAAAACAAAAAAAGAAGAAAGAAAACUAUUAUUAAGAGAUUUUGAAUUCAUUAUUAAUGUUUAUUCAGCGGUGAAACACUUGCAACAGCUGUCAAGUUAGCUGUAAAUGUGUGGAAAGACCGGAAAAUCUAAAAGCUUGAAGAACGCCGUAGAAACAGCAAUCAGGAUCUGAUCGCUGGACGUGGCGGUACAACUGUCGAUGAGAUCUCUACCACAUCUGGGAUCAGCAGUAAGAACGCGCAAAAUGAGUAACAACUACAACGAUAUACCCGUUGGCAUAAAAUUAGUGCAAAACUUAGCCCGACAAUGCUGUCCACGUGUUCAUGUCCGCAAGGAUUUGCUCUUCAAGGGGUCAAUAUUUGUGCUAACAUUCCUGGCCUAUGCCUGCUAUCAUAUGACCCGUAAACCCAUUUCGGUGGUUAAAUCGGUUCUACAAGGAAAUUGCUCUACCACCCUAGACUGCGGCUAUGCACCAUUUAAUGGACCCGAUGCUUCCACUUUAUUUGGCAUGCUGGACUCGGCUUUCCUUUUCACCUAUGCCAUUGCCAUGUUCAUGUCCGGCUUUGUGGCCGAACGUGUUUCGUUGCGUUAUUUUCUAUCCAUGGGCAUGAUUCUAACUGGCGUUUUUACCUAUAUGUUUGGCUUGGCACGAACCUCUAAUAUCCAUAGUCUUUCAUAUUUCAUCUUAGUACAAAUCGGUGCUGGCAUCUUCCAAACCACCGGCUGGCCUGGUGUUGUUACAUUGGUGGGUCGCUGGUUUGGCAAAUCCAAACGUGGUCUGAUCUUUGGCAUUUGGAAUAGUCACACAUCAAUCGGCAAUAUCCUGGGCACACUGAUAGCCGCUCAUUAUGUGGAAACCGAUUGGGCCAUGUCAUUUGUGGUGCCAGGCAUUAUAAUUGGGGCCAUUGGGUUUUUAUUGUUCCUAUUUCUGGUCGAUCAACCGGAGAUUGUUGGCUGUCAUCGAGAGAAUAGCCAGCAUGAACAGCGCCGUUUGACCAAUGAGUCGGAUGCAGAGAACAAUGACAAUGAUGAGGAGGAAGCACGUCAUAAUGCAAGUGAUAUCAUUUACAGACCAGUGCCAACUGAACGCACUCCCAUUUUGGCCAGACCUGCACAAAAUGCACAGAGAAACCAUCAUGGACAACCCAUUGGUCUGAUUGAUGCUCUGUUUAUUCCCGGUGUCGUGGAGUUUUCUUUAUGCCUAUUCUUUACUAAAUUGGUCAGCUAUACUUUUAUGUAUUGGUUGCCCAUGUACAUACAAUAUUCCAGUACCUUGGGGCCAGAGCUGUCCGCUGAUCUAUCAACACUCUUCGAUGUUGGUGGCAUUUUGGGAGCCAUAACAGCUGGUUACUUGGCCGAUUUGACUGGAAUGUCGGCAACAAUUUGUACAGGAAUGUUGUUCAUAGCCUCGCCCAUAUUGCUAAUGUAUCAACAAUAUGGUGCCUUGUCAGUUACUAUCAGUUCGCUGCUGCUCAUAACAGUGGGCAUCUUUGUGAAUGGUCCAUAUGCCCUGAUUACCACCUCCGUGAGUGCUGAACUGGGCCAGCACAGUUCAAUUGAGGGCAAUUCCAAUGCUUUGGCCACUGUUACAGCCAUUAUAGAUGGCACUGGUUCAAUAGGUGCUGCCGUUGGACCACUCUUAGCUGGCCUUAUCUCAAACACGGGCUGGCAGAAUGUCUUCUAUAUGCUUAUAAUAUCCGAUAUUAUAGCCAUGAUAUUGCUAAUGCGUUUGGUUACCAAGGAAUGCAGCUCCCUGCGACGUUCGGUUACACGUAUACGGAUUGAAUAGCAGGAAUCUGAACAGGAAUCGGAUGCAAUUUAACUUAGCAUAUUUAUUUUCAUAUAUCAAUGUUUCUUUUUUCUUUGGUGUAAAUAGUUUAAAUGAAUUUUUUGCGUUAUCAUUCGAGAGCAUAUCAGAGUUUGAUCUGAAAGUUAGAUUUAUCCUAUACACAUUUAUAUAUUUACAUAUAUAUAUACAUCGCCUAUAACUAAUGUUAUUUUAAAUGUACGAGAAUUUCACUACAAUGUUUUUAUAUACCUUUAUAUACAUCAAGUGCGUGUGCGUGUUCAGAGUCUCUUUGUUUUUAAGUGCCGAACUUUAUAUAAAUAUAAUGUUUAGUUACAAUACCUAAAACACAAAAAAUAGCUUCAUGGCUUAAGCUGUGACUGCUAUGUAAAUACAGUUAACUACCACUUUUUGGUAACCAAAA